UCCAAGACGAUGGAGAAACCUCCACAGCCUUUCCAGUGACCAAUGGAGUGAAGCAAGGGUGUGUCUUGGCACCAACCCUCUUCAGUAUUGUCUUCACAGCCAUGCUGACUGAUGCCUUUCACGGCACCAAGGAGGGAAUAGACAUCAAAUACAGAACAGACGGGAAGUUACUAAACCAACGUCGCCUGCUUGCGCUAACGAAGGUGAAGCACACAGUCCUGAAAGACUUCCUCUUCGCCGAUGACUGUGCCCUUAAUGCCACAAGCGGACAGGAUAUGCAAGUAUCAACCGACAGGUUCUCUGGGGCUUGUGACAACUUUGGUCUCAUCAUCAGCACCAAAAAGACGGAAGUCUUGUACCAACCACGUCCCGGCAAACCUUACAAGGAACCUUGUGUCACAGUACAUGGCCAAGUCCUAAACCCUGUGGACAAGUUCACCUACUUGGGCAGUACCAUGUCACGGCAGGCAAACAUAGAUGAGGAAGUGAACGGCAGAAUCUCUAAGGCCAGCAGUGUUUUUGGGAGACUUCGACGCAAUGUCUGGGACCGAAGGGGAAUCAAGCUCAGCACAAAACUUAAAGUCAUUCACACCCUCAUAGAGAAAGCCCAAGCAAGGUGGGCAGGACACGUCCGACGGAUGAACGACAGCCGCAUACCCAAAAUGCUGCUGUAUGGUGAACUGGCUGAAGGCAAAAGGCUAGCGGGCCGCCCCAAGCUCCGCUUCAAGGACAGCCUCAAGGCAACUCUGAAGAGCCUCAGCAUUCCCGUCGAAAACUGGGAGGACGCUGCCACUGACCGUCACCAGUGGCGCAGACUAGUCCACCAGGGCGCCGAGCUUGCUGAGCGUCGUCGCAUCAGCCUGGCUGUCAGUAAGCGGGAGGCACGAAAGGCGAGGGAGAAAAACCCGUCUCUGCAGCCACUACCUAAACACAAGUGUGACGUCUGCGGCAGGUGCUUCCGGGCUAGAAUUGGACUCGUCAGCCACACCCGGACACACAAGGACUGA